UUCGCCGCCGCCGCCGGAUCGCAGCGCAUCGCUUCUGCGAGCCCCAGCAGCUGCAACAAGCCGCUUCAUCUCCCCGGCUGCAGCGAGUGUGUGUGUCGGGGGAAGCAAAACCUGAGCCGGCCAGCCUGCAGAUCCCAGCCCGGGAGAGCCACUCAGAGUUAUGUCAUGCCCAGACCACCGCAGGGCUCCAUGAGGAUUUAUAGAAGAUGCCCGGGAUCUUGGCGCCUCUGGUGCUCCUUUUGGUGUGGCUAAUGGAGAUUGCUGCCAGUCCCCACUCUCUGAGGAUUGCCGCCAUUUUGGACGACCCAAUGGAGUGCAGCAGAGGCGAACGGCUCUCUAUCACCCUGGCCAAGAAUCGGAUAAAUCGAGCUCCGGAGCGGGCGGGGAAAGCCAAAGUGGAGGUGGACAUUUUCGAGCUGCUGAGAGACAGCGAAUAUGAAACAGCCGAGACCAUGUGCCAGAUCCUUCCAAAAGGGGUGGUUGGUGUUCUGGGACCAUCUUCAAGUCCUGCUUCCAGCUCCAUCAUCAGCAAUAUCUGCGGAGAGAAAGAGGUUCCCCAUUUCAAGGUUGCCCCCGAGGAAUUCCUCAAGCUCCAGUUCCAGAGAUUCACGACUUUGAACCUCCAUCCCAGCAACACUGACAUCAGCGUGGCUGUUGCUGGGAUCCUGAAUUUCUUUAACUGCACCACUGCCUGCCUCAUCUGUGCCAAAGCUGAAUGCCUUCUAAACCUGGAGAAGCUGCUCCGUCAAUUCCUGAUCUCUAAGGAAACUCUCUCGAUCCGGAUGCUGGAUGACAGCCGGGACCCCACGCCGUUGCUAAAGGAGAUCAGGGACGACAAGACAGCCACCAUCAUUGUACACGCCAAUGCUUCCAUGUCCCACAUCAUCCUUCAGAAGGCAGCUGAACUGGGAAUGGUGUCAGCCUAUUACACGUAUAUCUUCACUAAUCUGGAGUUUUCGCUCCAGCGGCUAGAGAGCCAUCUGGAUGAUCGAGUGAACAUCAUGGCCUUUUCCAUUUUCAACCAGUCCCAUGCUUUCUUCCAAGAGUUUGCAGAGAGCCUCAACCAGUCGUGGCUGGAAAACUGUGAUCACAUUCCUUUUACUGGGCCAGCACUGUCUUCUGCCUUGUUGUUUGAUGCCGUCUACGCUGUCGUGAGCGCCGUUCAGGAGCUGAACCGGAGCCAGGAGAUCGGCGUCAAGCCCCUGUCCUGUGGAUCUGCCCAAAUCUGGCAGCAUGGCACCAGCCUGAUGAACUAUCUGAGAAUGGUAGAAUUGGAAGGUCUCACCGGCCACAUAGAAUUCAACAGCAAAGGUCAACGAUCAAACUAUGCCCUGAAGAUCCUUCAGUAUACCAGGAAUGGCUUCAGACAGAUCGGUCACUGGCAUGUUACCAAAGGCCUUACCAUGGAUAACCAGAUCUUCUCUUCCAAUGUGUCAGAGAGCCUCUUCAACACCACGCUCAUUGUCACCACCAUCCUGGAAAACCCUUACUUAAUGCUCAAGGGAAACCACCAAGAGCUGGAAGGGAACGACCAAUACGAAGGCUUCUGCAUGGACAUGCUGGCAGAACUGGCCGCGAUCCUGCACUUCAACUACAAGAUCCAGCUGGUUGGUGACGGAGUGUACGGCGUCCCCGAGGCUAAUGGAAGCUGGACUGGCAUGGUGGGGGAGUUGAUUGCUCGGAAAGCUGAUUUGGCAGUGGCUGGCCUGACGAUUACAGCCGAACGAGAGAAGGUGAUUGAUUUCUCCAAGCCGUUUAUGACUCUGGGGAUUAGCAUUCUUUACCGAGUUCAUAUGGGGCGCAAACCUGGCUAUUUCUCUUUCCUGGAUCCAUUUUCUCCCGGUGUCUGGCUCUUCAUGUUACUCGCCUACCUCGCCGUGAGCUGCGUCCUCUUCUUAGUGGCCCGAUUGACGCCCUACGAGUGGUACAGCCCCCACCCCUGCUCCCAAGGGAGAUGCAACCUGCUCGUUAAUCAGUACUCUCUUGGCAACAGCCUGUGGUUCCCUGUCGGUGGGUUCAUGCAGCAAGGAUCAACCAUCGCUCCUCGGGCUCUGUCCACGCGCUGCGUCAGUGGAGUCUGGUGGGCCUUCACUUUGAUCAUCAUCUCUUCCUACACAGCCAACCUGGCAGCCUUCCUCACCGUGCAGCGCAUGGAUGUGCCCAUAGAAUCAGUAGACGACCUUGCAGACCAGACGGCGAUAGAGUACGGCACAAUCCACGGAGGUUCCAGCAUGACUUUUUUCCAGAAUUCUCGGUACCAGACAUACCAGCGGAUGUGGAAUUACAUGUACUCCAAGCAGCCGAGUGUCUUUGUCAAGAGCACAGAGGAAGGGAUCGCACGCGUGCUCAACUCCAACUAUGCCUUCCUCCUGGAGUCCACCAUGAACGAGUAUUAUCGCCAGCGCAAUUGCAACCUCACGCAGGUCGGGGGCCUUCUGGACACCAAGGGCUACGGGAUUGGCAUGCCAGUCGGUUCUCUUUUCCGCGACGAGUUUGACUUGGCCAUUCUCCAGCUGCAGGAGAACAACCGCUUGGAAAUCUUGAAACGGAAGUGGUGGGCGGGAGGGCAGUGCCCCAAAGAGGAGGACCAUCGAGCAAAAGGCCUAGGAAUGGAGAAUAUAGGUGGAAUCUUUGUGGUUCUGAUAUGUGGUUUAAUCGUAGCGAUUUUUAUGGCAAUGCUUGAGUUCUUAUGGAACCUCCGACACUCUGAACACUCCGAGGUAUCCGUCUGCCAGGAAAUGGUGACAGAGCUGCGCAGCAUCAUUCUCUGCAAGGACAGUUUCCACCCCCGUCGGAGGCGAGGGGGGAUCAUACGGACUCGCCCUGUUAUACAAGAAGAACGGAGAGCCCACACCACAACCAUGCUAAGCAACGGAAAGCUCUGUGGUGGCGGCGACCCUGAGCAGCUGGCACAGAGACUUGCACAAGAAGCCGUCCUGGUCGCUCGGGGUUGCACACACAUCCGGGUGUGUCCAGAAUGCCGGAGGUUCCAAGGCCUUCGGGUCCGGCCAGGGCCAGAUUCCCCCGUGCAAAGCGACGAGAGCUUGGAAUGGGAGAAAGCAACAAACAGCAGUGAGCCUGAGUAAAACAGUGGGGAGACGGUGGCAGCAAAAGAAGCUAAAUGUUCCAUUUUACAGAACAUGAGACUUGUACACAGUGUUGAACUCUUUUUAAAUUAAUAAAGAGGCACCCCAGCUUGCCAAGAGCAAAUCAAAGCUUUAGGCUGGGGGCUGAGCCCAAUGGGAACUUUUGUUACCUGUCUUAUAUGAGAAAGUAUCUAACCUACCUACUUUCUGAAACAUUAAGAGAACGCCCCUCUAGCUAGGCUGAGAGGACCCAUCCUCAACUGCCUGCUCCUCAGAAACUUGAGGUAUGGGGUAAGCAAGUCACACUGAGCUGGUGGCAACCAGAGUCACAAAUAUCCUAAACCAGGUGAAAAAACAUUAUUGCCACAAGGACUUCUUCAUGGGGGGGGUCUUUUCUUUUGGAAUUUGUGGUGGGGAGGAUAAUUUUCUUUAUUUUAUUGUUGGAACUUCAGGACCUAGAGGGAUCCAGCACUCCUGAGUUCGGGUACUGAGCUCACACAACUUUCCCAGGGUCAGGUGAGGUUGCGGAAGAGGGGAAGGGUUAAGUCCCAUAUAAGUGCAGCUACCAACAAAGAAAGUCCAUUCAAAGAGUUACAAAUACCAAAAACCAACUAACACACUGAACUUGGAGGCCUUGAUAACAGCUAGAAUUUCAGGGUACCUGUGUCUGUCUUGCUUUCUUAAACAACUCCCCCCCCCUCACAUUGGUCUUUCUUUGUACACAUUUUGAGAAAGCUAACCAGUAGGAGAGCAGGUUGGGGACGUGGAAUUCUGUAUUCUCCCCCCAGCAGGGGGUGGUAGAAUUUAACUAUCCCAGGUUGUCAGCUUUUGAAAGUCAAGUUUUAACACUGUGUUAAGAGAGAGGUCCUCACGAUCAGCUCUGUUCUUAAGACGAAAAAUCACCAUCCCCAAGUUCAAUAGACUCACUUAUGACCUAGACAUCAUCCUCUCUCUAUAAGAGGGUUUCUUUGCUAUGAAAUAUCAUUGAGUGAAGGUACACCAGCAAUGUCCAUGGUGUCUUUUGAAGACCUAUGAGAAGAAUGGACCAACAGCCAGGAAAUCCUUAGCAACGGUUUUGAGCAGUUGCAGGUUUUCCGUGGGAGGAGUUCGAUUUCCUGAUUGACAAUUCUAUGCAAUUCCUGAUUGUAAAAAUACAAGGAAGAAAAACAAAGUGAUGACAAAUGAACACAGGUCAAAUAACCUGUUCUUGGUUUCUUUCCCCCCGGUUUGUUUUUGAAUGUACUGAAAUAAAGUAUGUCCUUCUAUAUAAAUAUAGGAUUUUUUCCCUCUAUACCUUUGAUAUUCAGAGGUAGCUGGAAUCCCAGUACAUAAGGGGGAAGGCUAUGUAGUUGCCUAUGGCUAAUGCACUUUAUUCCAUUCUUUCUAUCCACAUUGGAGCAGUUUGCCAACUGGUUAAGUUAGUAUUCUAUUGUCAUUGGCCACAAUAAAACACUAAGUGUUCUUAAGUUCUUUCAGUCGGUUUAAGCGUUCCUAACUCUGUAUUGGAUUGUGGCCACUGAUCGGGCAGAGAAGAUACUUGUGUUAAGGACUCUAGAAGUGGUAGAGGAAAGGAUUAAUGUUGUUCUUCUAACUGGUCUGGGAUUUAUUUUAACAUCAACUCUGUGAAUGGGGUAUAUUGAAUACAGCAAAAGAAAAGAAAAGAAAUAAUCUCUGAUGGCAUUGUAAGUGUGAAAUACAGAGAAAUUUAGCUUUCUGUUUUUAAUCCUUAAUAUGGCAAGAAAAAUUUAAAGUCCCUGACAGCAGUGAGUGCUGUGGGCACUGAGAGAAGCCUUUGGGGAGAGAAAGGAAACAAACACUUAUGAUAUCCUACUCACAGAGAAAGCUCAUUUCUAACCCCAGGCAGUUGGCAUCACACUCAGAAUGAGGAAAAAGAGAGAUCUGCGCUGAACUUUUAUUUUUACUUACGCUUUAGUAACUGAAAGCACUUUACCUUCCCAGUUCUGAUAUUCUGUUAUUACUUUUAUUUCAUGCCUCUCCUCCCAAGAAACUCAGGGCAGUGUACAACAUACUUCUUUCACCUCUAGGCUAUCCCCACAUCUACCCUGUGAGGGAAGUCAAGCAGCCUGAAAGAAGAAAAGCAGCUUGUCCAAGCACACACAGUGAGCUUCAAGGCUGAGUGGAGAUUUCAAUCUGGAACUCCACAUGCCUAGCUGAGGAAGGAUAUCAUAGAACCAUACUAAGAACCAUAGUUAUAACCAGCACAUCCUUGGUGCAAAUAUGGAUAGAGCCUUUUCGUGUGAGGGUGACCUACCAGCUGAACUUUUUAUAAAAAAACUUUCUGCAUAAAGCUGAACUAAAAUUUCUUCCUAAGAGGAUGAAAAGAGCAACCAAAGACCUACCUAAUUAAGCAUCCUGCUUUCUGCUGUAGACAAUCAGAUGCCCCAGGGAAACAGGGCAUGAAUGCAACAGCUCCCAGUAGCUGCUUCCUCUAUA